AAACUUGUUCAAAAGUUAGUUGAGAUAUUAAAACCUUUUAACAAUGCUACUGAAUAUUUUAGUGGUAGAAAAUAUUCUAUUAUAGCUUCUGUUUAUCCUUUAAUAGAAGCAUUGAAAGUUCAUUAUGCAAAAGAUAUAGAUAUCAAUGAAGAUAACAAUAAUGAUAUUGAAG